AUGUUUCUUUCUGCGCUGCUUGAGGGGCGCAGCCCCGCGGGCCAGCACAAGCAGCAGCUGCAGCAGCAGCUGCAGCAGCAGCUGCAGCAUGGCCGCCAGCAGCAGCAGCAGCAGCAGCAGCGGCGACAGCAGAGAUGGAAGCCAGACAUGCUGAGCCGUUGGCAGUCUGUUGAUUCUGCGUUGCUUCGCCCUGCCGCUGCUGCUGCUGCUGCUGCUGCUGCUGCAGCGGGGCCAGCAGCAGCUGCUGCAGCUCAUGCUGCAGCAGCAGCAAACCAGUGGGGCCUGGACCAAGGCGUUGGUGCUGCUGUCAAGCAGCAUUUGGAGCAGCAGCUGCAGCAGCGCCCCUCUUGGGAAGCAGUGCAGCAGCAAGUCUGCUGCGCCUCGGGGGCCGCUGCAGCAGCAGCAGCAGCAGGUGCUGCUGCUGCUGCUGCUGUGUGUAGCGCUAAGCUGCAGCAGCAGCAGCAGCUAGAAGCCCUCCUGUGCAUGAUAGAACAGCUUCCAGAAGCAGAAGCAGACGCAGCACGGGAGAUGCUGCUGCUGCCGCCCGAGUGCCGCAGCAGCAGCAGCAGCAGCAGCAGCAGCAGCAGCCAACUGACGCACGGGUGCAGCGAGCUGCAGCGGCAGCAGCAGAUAUCUCAAGAGGCUCUGAAUCUGCUGCAGAAUCUGACUGUAGGCCAGCAGCAGCAGCAGCAGCAAGAGCAGCAGCAGCAGCAGCAGUCCGUGUCCGAGCUGCUGCAGCAGCUGCAGCAGCAGAAGCAGCAGGUGCAGGAGCAGCUGCAGCAGCUGCUGCUCGACGACUGCAGCAGCAGCAUGAACAACGAAGAGCAGCAGCAGCAGCAGCAGCAGCAGAAGCAAGAAGAAGUAGAAGAGGCAGCAGAGUGCAUGCAGCAGCUGGGGUUUCUCGUGGGGGAGCUGCAGCAGCUGCAGCAGCAGUGUGCUGCACCACAGCAGGAACAGCAGCAGCAGCAAGGCGACUUGCUGCUGCUGCAGCAGCUACAUGCUGCUGCUGAUGAGGCACUGCUGCAGCGGAGAAAAGCUCUUUUCCUUGAGCAGCUAUCAGUGGCACUUCAGCUCACCGAAAAAGCAGCAGUCUUGCUGCAGUCAUGCGAAGAUGCAGCAGCAGCAGCUGCUGCUGCUGCUGCUGCUGCAGAAGGUUCUGGUGGCCUGGAGGGCUUCAGCAGCCAGCAGGCUGCGUUGCUGCUGCUGCUGCAGCAGCUAGGGAAAAUCCUUGCUGCUGCUGUGGUGCCCUUCCGCAGCAGCAGCUUCCUGUCUCGGCGGCUGCUGCUGCUGCUGCCGCGCUGCAGGCGGCUGCUGCUGCAGUCCGCCAGCAGCGCUCUGCAGUUCUGCCGCUUUGGCAGUGCUGCUGCUGCUGCUGCUGCUGCUGCUGCUGUUGCUGGCGAGCACGACGCUGCAGAGGACAAAGAUGCAGCAGCAGCAGAAGGCGCAGCAGCAGCAGCAGCAGCAGCAACGACAGCAGCACCAAUCAAGGAAGAAGACAUGCAAAAGGCCAAAGAGCAGCUGCUGCAGGCUCUUGGGGCGUUGCUGCUGCUGCAGCGGCUGCAGCUGCUCUGUGAGACAGUCGAAGCAGCAGCAGCAGCAGCAGCAGCAACAGCAGCAGGGGACCCUACGGAGGCAAGUGCCGCAGACAGCUCCCCAGCUGCUGGCUCUUCAGCCGCAGCAGCAGCAGCAGCAGCAGCAGCAGUGCCGCAGUUCACAGCAGCAGCAGCAGCAGCAGCAGUGGGGGAGCGGGCUGCUGCUGCUGCUUCGCAGCUGCAGCCGCUGCAGCUGUGGGCAGCAGCAGCACUGGCGCAGCCGCUGCUGCUGACUUUUACUUUUCUUUUUAUGAGAGAUGGAGAGGCCCCGCUGCAGCGGCUGGACAAGCCCCAGUGGGCUGCUGCUGUGCUGCUGCAGCUGCUGCAGCAGCUGCAGCAAGCUGCAGCAGAAGGAGGCGUGCUCGACUGGAGCAGCUGGAAACACAGCAGCAGCAGCAGCAGCAGCAGCAGCAGCAGCGAGCAAGGCCAAGGAGAACGCGGCGUGCUGCAGCUGUCCCCGCAGCUGCAGCAGUGGCUCCUUCUUCCCCCGAGCAGCAGCAGCAGCAGCAACAGCAGCAGCAGCAGCGGGGAGGGUGCAGCUGCAGAAGCUGAGCUGCUGCAGCGCCUUGCUGCUGCAGCAGCAGCAGAGCUAGACCCCACAGUUCUGGUGUCUGUACACCUCGCCAGGGCCUUCAGGCUCUUCCUGCAGCAGCGGCUGCCCUUCCUGGUCUUCCCGCCGCCCCCAGCAGCAGCAGCAGCAGCAGCAGCAGCAGCAGCAGCAGCAGCAAAGCCGCACCCGCCGUUCAGCGCAGGCGCUGCACUCGUGCUGCUGCACCUCGAGCAGCUGCUGCUGCUGCAUGCAAACUUCAAAGCCAUCAGCAGCAAAGCAGCAGCAGAACUGAUGGCAGACGCAGACAGCAACGCCCCAGUCAGGUGUACGUACACCACGCAGCAGCAGCAGCAGCAGCAGCAGCAGCAGCAGGAAGAGGGGGGGGGCGUUUUGUCAGAAGAGGAAGCAGCAGAUCUCUGGGAGGAAGACACGUUGCUCAGCAGCAGCAGCAGCAGCAGGAGCAGCAGCAGCGACACAGAAUCGCUGCAGCCACACGCAGCAGCACGCAGCAGCAGCAGCAGCAAUGGAAACGCAACGGAAGCAGCAGCAGCAGCAGCAGCAGCAGCAGCAGCAGAUGUGUCUGCUGCUGAGCUGCUGCAGUCUGCAGAGCCCCUCUGCCUCCCCUUCGGCCCCUGGGGCAGCCCUGUCACCCCCAGCCAGCAGCAGCAGCAGCAGCAGCAGCAACAGCAGCAGCAGCAGCAGCAGCAGCAGCAGCAGCAGCAGCAGGGCUGUGUGGGCCUUUUGGACUACUGGAUUAGCCUAGAUGCUGCUUUUAUGCAGAAAGAGCUGCAGCAGCAAACUGCAGCAGCAGCAGCAAUUAAGCCCGUGGAAGCAGCACCGCACUUAAGACAGCUCCUGGACUUGGAGCGCCUGAUGAUGCAGCAUUUGUGCGAAGAAGUGAAGGAGAAAUUGGAGGCAAGCAGCAGCAGCAGCAGCAGCAGCAGCAACAGCGGCAGCAGCUGCAGCAGCAGCAGCAGCGGCAGCAGCAGCAGCAGCGGCAGCUUGAGAUUCAGUGGCAGUGCAACGCAAGCAGCAGCAGCAGCAUCAGACGAAACAGCAGCACAGCCAAUACAGCAGCAGCAGCAGCAGCAGCAUCAGCAGCAGCAGCAGAGUUCUUUGCUGCAGCUCUUUCCUGAGUCGGGGGAGAAGCUGAAGCAGCACCUGCUGCUGCUGCAGCAGGUGCAGCAGCAGCUGCAACACCACGUGCAGCAGCAAGGCAAUGCUGCUGCUGCUGCUGCUGCUGCAUUCAGCAACACGCUAAGGUCGGUGCAGCAAGCAGCAGCUGUCUGGAAGCCACGCGCCAGCCUAGAGCAGCAGCAGCAGCAGCAGCAGCAGCAGCAGCAGCAGCAGCUAGAGGACCGGGGCGUAUCAGAAGCAGUCAAGAAGUUCUGCAAUGUGAUGCAGCUCCCUCUCCUACCUCCUGCUGACGCUUUGCUGCUCGUCAAUUUGCUGCUGGACCCUUCAGUGCAGCAGCAGCAGCAGCAGCAGCAGCAGCAGCACAAGCAGCACCACAAGCAGCGGCAUCGCUGA